AUGGUGCUGGAAAUUCUGACUUCACGAUUGGCCUCCUGGCCGGAACCACUACUCAUUUUUCGCUCAGCAGAAUUUAAUACAGCUCUAUCGUUAUCACUGGCGUUGCUUCUAACUAUUUACGGUUUUGCCGUCACUCAAUCAGCACCUGUGGUAAAUCGGGUAAAUGUUGGGAUCCAGAAUCUCCCAGAAUCGUUACAUGGAUUCACAAUUGUUUUGCUAGCAGAUAUUCAUGUGGGUCCCACCGUCGGUCGUAAACGUGUUGAAGAAAUUGUCGCAAAAACGAAUGCUUUACAACCGGAUAUGGUCGCUAUUGCGGGUGAUUUAGUUGAUGGAUUUCUUCCAAAUUUGGCACCUCGAGUAAUGCCAUUGGUUAAUCUGAAAUCAAAAUACGGAACAUACUUUGCUACGGGUUUGUGA